UCAUGAUGUUAGCGAUCUCCCGACGGUCCAAGCUGAUCCAGACUUUCUGGUUAUUCUGGUCCUUCAAUCACAGGGGCAUCCACAACUGUAUCCUAGGCCCAACUCUCCUGGACCUGCAGCUUCUCCUCCAGAAGGACCUGAAUGCCCUGUCUUACCUGUUCUUUGCCAGUGGUCUGGGGUCUAUGUUAGGGUCUCUGGCUGCAGGAUUCCUGGCUUCCAGAUUUGAUAAUCGUCUCCAGUUGUUCCUCAGCCUGAUGGUCGGAUCUGUGUCCAUAGCAGCCAUUCCGCAGGUUCAGCACAUUUACUAUAUGUACUUCAUGGUCUUCGUGUUCGGCCUCACCCGCGGGCUGGUGGUCUGCUUUGUGAUGCAGAUAUGCGGUGAACUGUGGGACAAGAAAGGACCACCCUUCCAUUUCGUGGCUUGCGGAACAUCAGCAGGGGCCAUUUUGGCUCCAUUAAUCGCCAAGCCCUUCCUUUGCCCAUACCAGACAGUUCCAACCAAUUCCUUCAACGAGACCACAUCGAUGUCCCUACCCAACUCAACCAGCCUGGUGAACGUGUUGGACUCCAUCAUCACCGAGCAGGGAGUAGGUAUGAACACUGUAUGCACGGCCGAAGACACCCGAGUACAAUGGGCCUUCUUGGUUCUCGGCUGUUACAUGCUCCCUGCUGCUCUGUCGCAGUUGUACUACUGGUUGUUAUACCGAGCUGUGAGACUUCAACAUGGAACCAAGACGCCAGAGUAUGUAGAGCUGAAUCAUGAAGAAGAGACGAAGUUCGAGUUCAAAUUAAUCCAUCUUGUCUUCUUCCUUGCCCUGUCUCUGAUGUACAUUCUUCUCAGUUCAUUGCCAGCAACCUACUCCGCCAUCUUGACAGUGUACGGCGUUCAAGGGCCACUGCGCAUGUCCAAGGAUGACAUGGUAACAAUGACGUCACUGUUCUGGGUGGGAUCACUGAUCUGUAGGCUCUCAAGCGGGUUCUACACACGGCGGUUCACCAACUUUCAAGUUAUAGCAGCUCACUUAGCAGGCUUGGCUGUUGUUGGGAUCAUCUUCGUCAGUCUAGCUAGCAGGUUUCCGAUCGCGCUGUGGAUAUUAACACCAAUAGUCGGAUAUUUCUCUGCACCCUACCUUGCUGGUGUUCUUGCGUGGGUGACAGACUUUCUACAGCUGCACCCGAAAAUAACCUCCCUUUGUUUUCUGGCUUCCGGUGCGGGUAACAUGCUUUUCCCCUUCUUUGGGGGUAUCCUGUUCAAUGAAUACGGCUCCUACAGCUACCUGUAUCUAAUCUUCAGCAUCAUGAUAACGAUGGGAUUAACAUAUGCUUGCUUGGUCUCCCUUUCUAAGGCCCUUCCCCUGUCUCGAGACAAAUCUUACGACCAUGACUAGAACAUGACUGAUAAAUUUAAGCCUUACGUUUUCGACCAAGUUUAUGUUUCGGAUGAGUGACUGAGUAAAUGAGUAUGGUUUAAGGCCGCUUUUAGCAAUAUUCCAGCAAUAGCACGGCGGGGGGCACCAGAAAUGGGCUUCACACAUCGACCCAUGUCGGGAAUCGCACCCGGGUCUUCGGCUUGAUGAGGGUGUUUCGGAUGAGAAUUACACAGCGAGGUGUGGCGUCUUGGGCCGUUGUCAGUCUGUGCCCCCGUGAUAUGGGGACAUGGGAAAUACAUGUAUGAUAUAAGGAGCAGCCUGCUGCAUACGUCCAUGUUGAUUUGUAUAACACACAUGCCAGAUUAUAACGUACCGUAUUCGACGUAAUAAGCGCCCCGCUCCAAUAAGCGCCCAGGGCGAUAUUUGUUAAUAUAUUGGCAAGUGAACAAUCCCAAUUAGCACCCCU